AGAGAAAAAAGAAAAAUGGAGGCAAAAGAAAAUUUGGUUGAAAUUGAAGAAAGUUCUGAAGGAAAUGCAGAAUCAGAUCAACUAGGAUGCGAACAUUACUUCAGGAAAUGUUGUCUGAUUGCUCCAUGCUGCAAGAAGGAAUACAUUUGUCGUGUUUGUCAUGAUGAGAAAGAAUUGCAUGAAAUGGAUCGCAGAAAAGUGACAACAAUCAAGUGUCUCAAAUGCGAUACGUUACAAGAGGUUCGGAGUAAGUGCAAGAAAUGUGGAAUUGUAUUUGGAAACUACUUUUGUGAAAUCUGCCGAUUGUUUGAUGAUAAAGACAAAGAACAGUUUCAUUGUGAUAGAUGUGGUAUAUGCAGAAUAGGUGGUGCUGAAAAUUUCUUUCAUUGUGAAAAGUGUGACGUUUGUCUAGGCAAUACUCUAAAAGAUAACCACAAGUGUAUAGAGAAAGUGUCCCAUGACGUGUGUUCAAUUUGCCGAGAGGACCUGCACACGUCCAGGACGGAACUGAAUGUACCACCAUGUGGACACAUCUUGCAUCGCACUUGUUAUUUGAGCCUGCUGAAGACUGGUAACUACGCUUGUCCAACAUGCAAUGAAUCAAUGGUAAAAAUGGAUAAUCUUUGGAAAUACAUGGAUGAAGAGAUCUCUGGCACUGAGAUGCCAGAUGAAUAUAAAGACUUGUUGGUGCCAGUUCUCUGUAGAGAUUGUCACAAAGAAAGUAGUACUAAAUUUCACGUCCUAGGAUUGAAAUGUGGUCACUGUGGAUCUUAUAAUACUGCAAGAGGUUGACAGUAACAGGCAUUACUUCCACAACAAGGGAGAUAACUCGUGGCAUUUACACGUGAACAUAACAUUAUCUUUCUUCGAAGUCCAUAAAUAAUAAAAAUAGAUGUACAAAAUAAAAUAAAACCAAAUAAUAGUUUGCGUUUCUUUCUAAUUUUAUCUGUUUUGUCCAGACAUUUUUCGAUAUUUAACUAUAGCAUUUACAACUGGUAACUCAUUCUAUGAACUACUUUAAAUUUAGAUUUGGCAAAUGCCGAAAAUAAGAAACCGUGAAAUGUUUUUAUACCCCAAACCACGAAAAAUUAAGACCACGAAAAUUUCCGGUUAUACAGUAUUCUUCACACAGCUUGAUGAUGGUCAAUUGUCAUACCAUGAUUAAACCUCACAAUUUAAGGGGAGCUGUCACGCUCACUCCCCUCAGACUCGUUUAAGGAGAAUAAUUUUUAGCUCCCUUUAGCGUGUGAAUUUAUAUGAUAUCAAUAUAUUAUGGUAAAAUGUUAAAUGGCUCCCCAUAAUCUGAGUUAGGGGAGCAAUUAAUCACUGCCCUCAUUUUUUUUUCAUGACUAGGUCUUCAUUUUGGUAACACUUAGAGGUGGAUUGGCAAUAACAGAUAUAAAUAAAUAUCCUUUGCAAUUCCCCUAUCAAAUCAUUGGUGGAAAUAGUAUUUUAAUGUAACAAUAUGUGCCAUGAUUUCUUUUCUUUUUUUAAAUUCUUGUUUGGUUGUGUUAUUUUGCUGUUGAUGACCUCACAUGGAAAUUAGAUCUUUUCUACAAACUCUACUAUUUGUUUUAUAUGUUUCAGUGUUCAAGCAUGUCUACAUGUAGGUCAUAGAAUUGUUUGCUUGUUAUGUGUAUAUUUAUUAUUAGGACAGUGGUGCUGGGAAGAUAAACUCAGGGCAUUUAUUGUAGGAGUCAUAGCCGGUGCUUUAUGUUUAACAGAACGUACUGUACUUUAUACAAGUAUAUAUUUUAAGAUUAUGAUUAUACAUUAUGUCAUAACCAGCAUUAGACAUAUGCCAUGACAGGGACUUAUCCAGGCUUUCUGCAGUACCGAACAUAGUCUGAUUCCCAAAAGCAAGUGGUACUGAAAAUUCCCAAUUUGAUGUGUAAAUGUUUUUGUAAUUAUAUCAGACAACAUGUCAAUGCUAGCUCUGGCACUCGCGAAAUUCGUCUAUUGCGAAUUUAAAAAACGAUUGGUGAAUUGUAUUUUAAUUUGGCGAAAUAAUUUCAAGAAAUAAUUGAUAUUUAGUUAGAAAAAUAACUGGCUUUCUGCAGUUUUUGAAGUUUGAUAGAUUUGGUGAAAUUUUGUUCGCACAUAGAGCUAGUCCUGUGCCUAUUCAGUUAAUAUAAUACAAUACAAUAUAAUAUAAUAAUGGUGCAUUGCAUCAUUCAUUGGCCUCAGAAACCAUCCAAAUCAUGAUUAAAUCAUGCUAAUUUUCCCACUUCCAUCAGACAUAGGACUCUGAUAAAAAAAAAAAAAACCCUAGAUAAAUACUUGCAUGAACAAUUACUCAGGAAGGCCUACUGCAUUGAUACGAUCUUGUGUUAUACUGUGUUCACAUUACAUAUAUGGUUGUUUAUUACUCCCACAGUCACUCGCAACAUCGGAAAUAUUUUUCAGCUUUCCUCUAGCAAAUACACUCAAUGGUGUAAGGUACCAUCUUGUGUAGCUGUUUACCAACUAGUUAUAAUUGCUUGUACUAAAUAUAACAUGAUCACAAGUUGAAAAACAUGCAAAAUGGUGUUAUAUCAUUUCUAUAUUAUUAUGCCUCUUAAUUCCAGUGUUUAAUUAUUAUUUGUUUUUAUUAUUAUUAUUUAGUUUUUGGACCGGGGGGGGGGGGGGUGUAAAACUUUCUUUAUAAUGUUUUUUUUUUAAAAUUUAAUUAAAUAUUUAAAAUUGAAUAAUAGGCCUAGACCUAAUGGGUUUUUUUUAAAUUGUCUUUGAAAGUGGACAAAACAAAAAGUGGUUGUGAUGUUGAGAAGUGUGUGAAGUGGUUUUACUUAGUUUUUAUAUGUGUACUUGUUUAUUAAUUAAAAGUAAAAAAUAAUUUAGAGAAAAUAAAUGAUAGCUGGAAUAGUAACUAAAAUAAAUCACACACCAAGUGAGUCAUUUCUCUUUCAGUGAAAACAUGAUUUUAACUCGAAGGUGUAAGUCCUUUAUUAUCCUCUAUUAUCUGUAUGGUUAGGGGGGAAAAUGGACAAUAUAAAUAUGAGAUCAUGUUAUAUUUAAUAUAUCUCAACGGUUGGAUCUGCGAUGUCACAAUCACACUGCUUUGAAAUGUGCUUAUGGGUUAAGAAAAUUAAUUUUAAAAAGUAGUUUAUAGGCAGCUUUUGGACUAUGUCAUUGUCCGUGAAAACAUAUUGUCAUUUGCAUUGUUAUAAUAAAGUAUCAGUCACACAAAUUUUGUAUGAUGUACAUGUACAUGGAACUGGUGGAUAAUUGUAUCAUUUUAUACUUUCCUCAGAUUUUUCCUGGAAUUCCAGAUUUUAAAGCAACCUGAAAACGUCCUGUCAUUCUUUGAUAAAAACCUCCCAGGAACAUACAUCAUUUUUAUCCCUGUUAGAACAUAGGGGUUGGAAACGAGGGAGGGUUGAAAAUCAAAUUAAUAUAUUGGGAGAGGUCUUAAUAUAUGCUUUUACCUGUUGACCAACCCCCAGAUUGCUGUUUUUGAAUGACAAUAUAUAUCGUUUAAAUAGAGAAUGAUACAUGAGUGUCCGUUAGAUACUAUUUAUCUUACGAGUUGCUUUAAAAUGUAUCUUAGGAGCGAAAGCGAGUUUGAUACAUUUUUAAACGAGUUGUAAGAUAAAUGGUAUCUAACGGACACAAAUGU